GCUCGAGCAAUUUCAGCUGAAGGCUGCGUAUCUGACACACUGAGCGCACUAGAUCACACUCUCUGCGUACGCAAGCAAGUCCACGAUGUCCGUUCGCCACGCGUCCGUCGUGCUCGUCACUGGCAUUCUUUCCUUUGUCCACGGUGCCCUCACCGAGACGCAGAUGUGCACCAGCGGUGUUUCGGAUGCAGGAUAUGACGAUGUGAAGGCUGACGGCAUGACGAGCGAGAGCUUUCUUGUCCAGCUCUCCUCAAACACAAUGCUUCCGCCCUGGACGGUAGAGCGCGGUGGCGGAUUUCUACCAGUCCACUGACGGUCCGUCAGCCGCGGCUGUGCACGCAGCCGCGAAGGGCAUGAGCGAGAAUCCAUCAGCUUUCGCCAGCGCACUUACGGCCGCUGCUUCUGGCGCGGGCGUGGCCGUGGCCUUCGAUGGCGGCGUCCCGAACGUUUCUCCGCCAUCGAUUACGACGCCAACAUUUUGGCAAGUGGGUGCGGUUGGCGACCCCCACUUAGUCAACGUGCACGGACAGCAUUUCGACAUCAUGAGGCCGGGCCGUCAUGAGUUCAUCCGGAUCCCGACGCGGGCUUGGGAGGGGCCCGGAGUCGUCCUGUUGCAUGUAGGAGCCCUCGUGGAAAGGCAAGGGGCAUCUUGCGCAGACAUGUACAUCCAGCAUGUGAACAUUACAGGGCGAUGGACUGGGUCCAAGGUCGGGGUCCAGUAUGAUGCCCGCUGGAGGGCGCCCCCUGCCGUGUGGAGGAAGUACGGUAAAGUGGCACUCAAGGUGGUGCAGGGGCGCACUGAGAAGGGCACCCCUUAUUUGAACCUGCUGGCUCGCAACUUGCGUCGCGCUGGCCUUCCGGUGGGUGGGCUUCUCGGGGAGGACGACCACACCGCUGCAGCGACUGCGGACGACAGAUGCAAGAAGACAGUUUCCUUGCUUCAGACUGGGAGUGCAGAAUCUAGCACCUACAGGCGAGCAGCUUCCAAGAAGGCACACAGCAAGUCAGAUCCCAGAGCGUACGUCGUCGAAGGUACAGUGACGUCGCUGUUGAGUUCUGGCACGGAGGAACAGAUUUCUGAUUUGGUGGCCAGCGUCUUGGCAGAUAUACUGAACGUACUCAAGUCGCAGCUCGCCGUGGCAGCUACCGAGGCGCCCACGGCGGCGCCGACCCCGAGCCCGUCUGCAUCUCCUACACCGUCGCCGACCCCGAGCCCGUCUGCUUCACCGACAGAGAGCCCGACAGCUGCGCCGACAGCGGCACCGACUGCGUCGCCGACGGAUGCUCCGACUGUGGCACCAACGCCAUCUCCUACACCGUCGCCGACCCCGAGCCCGUCUGCUUCGCCGACUGAGAGCCCGACAGCUGCGCCGACAGCGGCACCGACGGCGUCGCCAGACCUCGGGUGCGCCAGCGGAUAUUGGCAGUCCAGCGGUGCCUGUGUCCAGUGUGUUGGCGGGGCCACGAGGCGCCGGCGCGCCGAUGAGUGCAGCGCUUGUAGCAGAGGGUGGUACGAUUCUGGCGACAAUGAUGAUUGCGUUGGAUCGGGCAAUUGUGAGACGCGGCGUCGCCGCUCCGAAUCUUGCACGUCAUGCCCAAUUUGCGGUAGUGGAUGCGUCUGUUUCUCCUACAACCUCCAGGAAGAAUGCCGCUGUGUAGCGUACAGGUGAAGAUUUCGAGGAGCGCACGUUCCACUCUCAUCUCCAUGCUCCCUCGGGCAUCACGUCUUCACUCCUAUCCAGCUCAGGUUUAACCGUUUUUUGCAGUUUUUCCAGAGUCCCUUCGAGCCAGGCUUGCAGGUGAUGUUGGGGAGCCACUGGAAUGGUGCUGCAGCCCCUUCGAUCAUGGACUGGUGUGUGUCAAGAGAGAGCCACUGGAAAGCCCUCAGCAGCGGUCCAGUGGUAGUCCGUGGACCAGAGGCUGCGGUGCAGGGGCUGGCCAGGCCCGAUUCUGUCAAGAGGAUUUGCCUCCGAUCGAGUGAGUGCCUCCGUCUCGCAUGAUGCAGCGCUGCCCUCGUUGAUGCAGCGCUCGCCGAGCUGAGCUGUUCCCCGAGCGUUCGAGGAACAGGCAGAGGCACGAGCAUGCUUUGGUUCCCGUUGUCAAUCCGAGCCACUCGGGUGACGAGCGACAGGCUUGCGAACCAGGGAGGAUGAAUAACAUCACUUCCAGAGUCAAUUACGCAGUGCGAUGUAGGACUAUUCCUUUGCUUUUGGAUGUAAUAGAAAAAA